GUAUUUAUAGAUAUUGGGAACUAGAUAACCGCUCGGCGGUUGUGGUGCCACGUGUCCCACGUUGGCAUUCUCACUACCCCACGUUCUGAGUGAGGGGGUCUUUAACUUCCCGCCUGGAGGUUGUUCCCGUAUUAACCGUCAUGGAACAUAGUCAAUUCACUAGAGGUUUUAUGGCUAAGUGUUUGGAUAGGCAAUUUCAUGCCUGUUGAAGAUUUCGCGUAGAGGUAGAGCAACCUCUAGGGGUAGUGGUAGAGCGCCCUUGGGAGGGGGUCGACGACCUCGCGUAGUGGUAGAGCACCCUCUGGGGGUUAUGGUAGAGCGCCCCUGGGGGGGUCGACGGCCUCGCGUAGUGGCAGAGCACCCCCUAGGGGUAGCGAUAGAGCACCGCUGGGGGGUCGACGGCCUCGCGUAGUGGUAGAGCGCCCCCUAAGGGUUGUGGUAGAACGCCCCUAGGGGUUGAUGGCCGUGCAUGGUGGUCGAGCACCACUUGGGGAUAGUGGUAGAGUACCCCUUAAAGGUCGAUGGCUUUGCAUCGAAGUGCAGUGAUCCAUCUUGUUUGUCGUCGACGGUGACUUCCUCUAUCAACCUAUAUCAUAAUUGAUGCACUAAACCUCGUUGCUCCAUAAUCACCGAUUGUUUAAUUUUGUUAUUAAAGAUUGAGUAUUAACUUGGUCAUUUUAAAAGGUUCGAGAUUAUUCUCAAGUCUCCAAAAUUGAAAUAAAAAAUUAAAUUAAAAUACAUUCAAAUGCAGUUUAACAAAAAUAAGUCGAUUGGAAUGACAAGAAAGAAAAUACAAUGAGAAUAUUAUCGCGUAUAAACCGGGGUUAGUCCGUAGUUACAACGUGUCAUAACAUUUAAUAACGUAAUAAAAAUUAAAACUUAAUAAAUAAGUAAACAUGUUUAGCGCGUAGUUUAAUAUAAAAAACAAACAUUAAAUAAUAGGUUGGUUUUGAAGCAAUCCUUUAAAACCCAGCUUGAUUCAUAGUUAAUUAUAUCGUUAUCAAUCAAAUUUUGGAUUUACUCUGUUAAUGAACAUAUUAAAGCGGUAUUUGGAUCAAGUUAUGCCAGAUAUUGUCCAAGAAAAACUUAAUGUACUGCCACCAGCAGCCGCCGCUAGUGACAGCGGAGGUGGGGAGGAGGCCAGUGUCGUGCUUUUCAACAAGUACGAGCUAGGGCAGCUCCUGGGAUAUGGGGCCUUCGCGAAGGUCUACCAUGCACGGGAUGUGCGCACGGGCCAGAGCGUGGCUAUCAAAGUAGUGGACAAGGAGUGGAUACUCAAGGAAAACCUCAAGGAGAACGUCAUAAGGGAGAUCUCUAUUAUGCGCUGGCUGCACCACCCCCAUAUCGUACACCUCCACGAGGUUUUGGCGACCAAGACACGGAUAUACUACGUGAUGGAGUAUGCCAAGGAGGGCGCAUUAUUCAAAAAAAUCGUGAAAGGUGGAUUCAGCGAGGACGUCAGCCGUAAAUACUUCCAGCAAUUGAUAUCUGCAGUAGAUCAUUGCCACUCUCGCGGCGUUUUCCACCGCGAUUUGAAACUGGAAAACCUGUUGUUGGACGAGAAUUUGGAACUCAAGGUUACGGAUUUUGGGCUCAGUGCAUUGACGAAUCAGAUCCGACCCGAUGGCCAACUACACACCUCUUGCGGAACUCCCGCCUACAUGGCGCCGGAGAUUCUCGCAAAAAGGGGAUACGAUGGGGCCAAAGUUGAUAUAUGGUCAUGCGGGGUUGUACUGUAUGUGCUAAGUACGGGUUAUUUACCUUUCAGGGACCCGAAUUUGGUGGUGAUGUACAUGAAAAUCUACAAAGGGCAAUUCCGGUGUCCCAAAUGGAACUCAGCUGAUUUAAACCGGUUACUGGUCCGGAUGCUGGAUCCGAACCCAACUACUAGGAUUACAGUUAACGAAAUCCGCCAGGAUCCAUGGUUCAGAAACGGCUACAAGAAAACCAAAUACCCGGUUGAUGAAGGGUUUGGCUUCAAGAAAUCUGGUGGUGACAUGCAGGACAGUUCAUUCUUGAAUGCCUUCGAUAUAAUAUCGUAUUCCUCAGGUUUUGAUCUGUCCGGUCUUUUCAGUAACAAUGGUAUUCAUAUCACUAGUGAAAUGUUCAUAUCAGCGGAGUCUCCAAGGAAAAUAAUUGAGAAAAUUGAGGAGGUGGCUAAAGAAGGAGGCAUGAGGGUGAUGAAGAAGGAAAAGGGGAUUAGACUGCUGGGGAAUUUCGUGGUGAUGGUGGAGAUUAACCAGUUAACUGAAGAACUGGUGAUGGUGGAGGUGAAAAGACGUGGACUUGGUCGUGAUAUCUGGAAAGAGAAAUUCAAGCCACAGCUGAGGGCUUUGAUUUACCAGUCGGAGAGGCAAGAUCGCCGGUAACUAAAAUUGGUUGGUCCAUUUUCCUUGAAUCAACCAUUGAUAAAAUGGAAAAUUAUUGGGUUUUUUUUUCCUUAUUAUUGUUUUCGAAUAUCCACAGAAUGGUAAAUGUGUGAGAAUAAUUUGUUUCUUUAAAUAGAAACUCUAUUUAUUA